AUGGAUCCAACAGAAUGGAGCCACUUCCCAUACCUGCAGAGAGUCGAUGGACACGAUGCCUGUUUAAGAUGUCAAGGUGAAAGCAAAAAGGAUUCAUACGGGAAACAGGACUGCGUUGUCGUCUGGGGAGAAUGUAACCACAGUUUCCAUUUCUGCUGCAUGUCGCUUUGGGUGAAACAGAACAAUCGAUGCCCACUCUGCCAACAAGAGUGGUCUAUACAACGAAUGGGCAAGUAA